AUGGGACUCAAGCACCUCCUGGCAUUGGGCUUGCCCAUCGUGCCCGCUGCCGCAGAGACCGUCCUCGGCAUCUACGUCUUCCACCGCCACGGCGACCGCACGGCGAAGAAGACGCCCCCCGUCCGCUUCACCGAUCUCGGCGCCUACGAGGUCUUCAUCUCCGGCCUGGAAUACGGCCGGCUCUACGCCCGCAACAACGCCACCUCCCAGAUCCGCAACUUGAGCGCCAAUGACGUCCUCCCGGAGCAGCUCUCCGUCACCUCCCCCGUCGACGUCGUACUGCAGUCCUCGGCCAACGCCUUCCUCCAGGGUUUCUACCCGCCCUCUGGCACCGUCGAGGCCCUCGCCAACGGCUCCAGCGUCGAGGCGCCCCUCGGCGGCUACCAGUACGUCCCGGUCAACGCCGUCGCCACGGCCUCCACCAGCACGAACGCCGAGAGCAGCGAGUGGCUCCAGGGUGGCAGCGGCUGCGGUAAAGCCGUCGUCAGCUCAAACAACUACUUCUCCUCGCCCGAGUACGCCGCCCUCGACGCCCAGUCCCACGACUUCUACCAGAGCCUGCUGCCCGUCAUUAACGGCACCUUUGGCGCAAAGGCCGCCACGUUCGAGAACGCCUACACAAUCUUUGACCUCAUCAAUGUCGCGAGGAUCCACAAUGACAGCAUCCCCUCGUCCUCCCUGCUCACCAACGCCACCUUCCGCACGCUGACGGACUACGCAAACAUCCACGAGUGGAACCUCGCGUACAACGAGAGCGACCCCAUCCGCGCCAUCGCCGGCAGUGUCCUGGCCGGCCAGAUCCUUCAGGCCCUCAAUGCGACGCUCAAGGACGUCGCAAAGAGUUCCUCCGUCAAGGCCAGCUUCCAGUUCGGCGCCUACGCCAGCUUCUCGUCCUUCUUCGGCCUCGCCCAGCUGCAAAAGGUCUCGGCCGACUUCCAGACCGUCGUCGACUAUGCCUCCUCCAUGGUCUUUGAGCUCGUCACAAACGCCACCACCGCCAGCCCCGCCGCCGACGACGUCGCGGUCCGCUUCCGCUUCGCCAACGGCUCCGCCGGCAUCAACAACCUCACCGUCUACCCCCUAUUUGGACGCUCCGAAACCGUGCUGCCCUGGAACACCUUCGUUACCGAGAUGCGCCAGUUCGCCGUCGAAGACACAAAGUCCUGGUGCACGGCCUGCGGCAACUCGACCGGCACGUGCGCCACUGCGCUAGGUCUGGACGGCAGCACCGACGACAACGGUUCCGGCUCGAGCGGUAGCAAGGGAGGCGUCUCGACGCCUGUCGCGGGUGUCAUUGGCGCGUUGGUGACGCUGGUCGUGAUCCUGGGCUUCCUCGGCCUUGUCAUGCUCGUCGGCGGACUGCGGCUGGUCAAGAAAUCCAAGAUCGCUAAAGACGUACCCGCCGCUUCUGCAGUGGAGCAGACUGGCGAUGCCAAGCACUGA